AUGAAGCAAGCUGAGGAGAAGGCUACCAAGGAAGAAUGCAAGAGGCUCACCAAGGAGGAACACCUAAAGAAGAUCGCGGAGGUGGCAGUUGAGAAAUUGAAGGAGGUUGUUGGGGAGGAGGAAGCAGUAGAUACUGAGAUGUCAGAGGAGGAGGAGGAGGAGGAGGAGGAGGAGGAGGAGGAGGAGGAGGAGGAGGAGAAAGAAGCUGUGGAUCAGGCCAUCAUUGUUUGCCCUAAGACUGGUUGCAUGUCAAAUCUCGGGUGCCUCGGUAGCGCUGGGCAAAGCUGCCACUCAUGCAAGAAGGCACAUGUCUGGUGCAAAUACAGCACUACCCUGCCUAAGGGCAAGAAGGCUGCACAGGCACCUGUGGGAGUAACUCUGGUGCCGGUUGCUGGCCCAUCUCGCCUGGCACCCAGUCCAGAACCAUGCACUGUGUCAGCUGCAGAGGGCGAACACCCCAUACGUGCUGCGAAGAGGAAAGCGGUGGAUGAAUCUGUAGAGGAGGAAGAGGAGUGGGACAGGGUGGAUGAGGCAUUGGAGGGGGAACUGCUGCUGAUGGAGGCUCAUGCACAGCAAGCAGAGGGACACACGAAGGAACUUAGGUUGGUGGUGGAUUGUCUUGCCUGA